ACACCAACCGUUGCCUAUGGUGAGGUGGGUGCCGGCCACAUUGUAGGCAGGCAUGGGAUGCCAGAAUAAGAAGAAGAAUUCCCCGCGCCUUGGCCUGGCCCAGCCCUGAGCCGCCGCCGCACGGCAUCAUGGCCGGUCCAUGGGGGCGGGUGCUUGGUGCUUGGUUGCUUCGUGCUUCAACACCCUCCCCAACUCCAAGUACCCCAUGCCCCGUGCACCCAUGUCUCCCCCCCAUGCCGUCCCAAGGUUUGACGCUAUUUUGCCUCGCUGUCAGAUCCCUCCCCAGCUCCCUGCACGGCGUUUUGGAAUCGUGGAGACUCAAGCCUCCUCGACUCCUGCUCCGGACUCCUGCCGCUCUCCAGCUCGAUGCAGCCUUCCUGGUCGUCGCAGGCUUGGCAUGAGCCGCGCCCAGCCCUCGAAACCUCUUGGCCCGCCGGGAUAUAAGAAACAAGGUCUUGGCUCUCCCUCCAUUGCCCUCCUCCUGUUCUAGCUUCUCUCUUAUAUACAAACCAGUGUGCCUUUCCCGUCUUUUGUCUCUCUUAUGCCUUGUUCUUUCGUCUUGCGGUGGUAGUGUCUUCGCUUCGCCUUUCGCUUCGUUCGUUCCUUUCGACCUCUUCGUCGCCGACACCAGCUGUCCGACACCGCUC